AUCGUAACGACCCAGGCCCGAAGGAACCGUUCGCAUAUCCGUAGCGAAGCCAUUAGCCGUAGAAGGAACUGCCGCAGCCACCCGUUCCCACCAUGAUCGAGUCCGAAGUGGCCGAAACACUCAUGAGCUUGUCAGCGCCCGACGAGCGCAAAUUCGCUGACAACCCGCUGUACGCCUCCGAGCCGCCGUCAUCGUGGCAGCCUGGGAAGAAGCGCGGCUUCGCGGCUUUCGACGGUGGUGCGGCCAGCUCCCUGCCUUCGUCCAGCUUCAUGCACCCACAUGGCGAUUCGUAUAGCUCGGCUAUGGCGCUCCUGGCGCAAAAGAUCCAGGAGCGCCCACUCACAUCUAUGAUCCCGGGUCGCGAGGAUGACAGCAGCAGCAGCGAUGUGGAUAUGGACUCUAGCGAAGCUAGCGACGAGUCCCCUGAGCGCCGCACGUGGUCAUCGUAUCGCUCUCCCUUCGACGGUCUUGUAGCCGCUGCGGCUUCCAACCAGGACGACAACGACAACUACUCAUCGUCCAACAGCAGACCCAUCUCGAUCCCCAUGCGUGGUGGCAACAGCAACAACAACAACAGAAUGAGCUAUCGCGAGCAUUCGUCGUCUUUCGACCGCACCUACUCGUCAUCGUACGGAAAGAAGUACAAGUCCAGUAGCCUGUCGCGCGUGCAAGAGAACGAGUCGUUCCUGGGUCGCGACAGUAGCCCCACAGGCGUCGAAGAUGACGGCACGUGGUACGACAGCGACUAUAAACAGCGCGUGCGUUUGGCAUCUGUAUGCUCGUCCGAUGGAAGCGAGUACGGCGGACUGGGACGCCAGCACCUCGAAGAGUUCAUUCGCAUGGAGAUUUCGGCCGCUAACGAGAGCGACCAGCGCAGGGAAGGCAUGUCGCCCUCGUCUGAGGGCAAAUACAUUGGCAGUUACUCGCCUGAGGCUCGGAGAAAACGCAUUGAGCGUUUCCUCGAGAAGCGCAAACGCCGCGUGUGGGCCAAGAAGGUGGACUACGACGUGCGCAAGAACUUCGCCAACUCGCGCUUGCGCGUCAAGGGUCGCUUCGUAAAGAAGGAGGACGAGGAGCUGCUGUGCCAGCUCAUGAGCUACACAUGAGGACGGGGCCAGGCUUCCGUGUGGCGUGCUCUUCUUCGUUGCUUUGCUUUCCCGCCCGUCAUAGUGUAGUUGUAUAGAGAAGGCAUUGGGACCGACCCAACUGCAUGUACGUAGCUGCAAGCUAACUAGCAUUAUCAAUCCAAUAAGAGGAUUGUCCGCAU